CUUCUCUACUUGGUCUCCGACAGUUUCACCCAUUUCGAAGCAUAAAAAAGGGGGUCGCAAAGAGUAGCCGGCAGAGUAAGGAUGAAAUCCCUUAUUUUUCUGGCGACUGUUUUGGCAGCCAUAGUCAAAGCUCGGAUUAACCCUGCACUUGAUAACCACUGGCUGCUGUGGAAGAACACACAUAACAAAGAUUAUGAAGAUGAGAUAGAGGACCUCCAAAGACGAAUUACUUGGGAAAAGAACCUUAAUUUGGUCAAUAUGCAUAACCUGGAGUAUUCGAUGGGCAUGCACACCUAUGAGCUGGGAAUGAACCAUCUUGCCGAUAUGACUAGUGAGGAAAUCAAGUCUAAGCUGACUGGCUUAAUACUACCUCCCCAAAGUGAGAGGCAGGCCACAUUUAGUAGCCAAAAGAAUAGCACUUUUGGAGGUAAAGUACCAGACUCCAUCGAUUGGAGGGAUAAAGGAUGCGUUAGUGAUGUAAAAAACCAGGGAGGAUGUGGUUCUUGCUGGGCCUUUAGUGCAGUUGGGGCCUUGGAGGGACAGCUGAUGCUUAAAACAGGAAAACUGGUUUCUCUCAGCCCACAGAACCUUGUAGACUGUUCAUCAAAAUAUGGGAACAAGGGCUGCGGCGGGGGCUUUAUGACGCAAGCUUUCCAGUAUGUCAUUGACAAUAAAGGCAUUGAUUCUGAUAGCUAUUAUCCUUAUCAUGCCAUGGAUGAAAAGUGUCAUUAUGAUCCUACUGGCAAAGCUUCCACAUGUGCUAAAUACACAGAGAUUGUUCCUGGCACAGAAGACAACCUCAAGCAAGCCCUAGGCAGUAUUGGUCCAAUAUCAGUUGCUAUAGAUGGGACCCGCCCUUCUUUCUUUCUUUACAGAAGUGGUGUCUACAGUGAUCCAACCUGCUCUCAUGAAGUUAACCAUGGCGUCCUUGCAGUUGGCUAUGGAAAUCUCAAUGGACAGGAUUUCUGGCUUCUAAAAAACAGCUGGGGUACAAAGUAUGGAGACCAAGGAUACGUCCGCAUUGCAAGGAACAAAGGCAAUCUGUGUGGAGUGGCUAGUUACACAUGCUACCCGGAAAUAUAAGGGUGCUUGCCAGAACCACAAUAAGGAGCAAUAAAGGAUCUUUGCUCACUUUUACUUUUAUAUCUUAGACCUAAUGAAACAGCGACAGGGCACACUUGCACAUAUUCAUAUAAAAUAACUGAUCCUUUGAUUAACUUGAUAUGACCUCUUAGAGGUCGCCCAAUAGUGUCCUUGGCCAGGUUUUAACCAAGAAAAAUGCCCAUAGACUCCAAUGGAUGAAAAAAAAAUAGUAGUUUAAAAAAACACCCAUUGACUUUUAAUGCAUUUUGCGUCUUUUUGCCGUUUCACGAAUUUUUCAGAGAAGCAAAAUGGGACAGGUUCACUCAUCACUAGUUAUACAUUUGUAUUUACAGCAAAACAGCUAACAUUCACCGGAAGCCUCGCGGAGGCACAGAGCCAGGGGACAACAAAUACUGAUACACACUGAAACUGGGCCUUUGUUAGUGACUAAGGCUACAUUAUAUGCACUGGGCUUUUAAGGGCUAUUAAAUGUUAUUUUUUUAGUGCUACACCUACUGUAAAACUAUUGGUAUUUGGGUUUAUCUGGGGGCAUUUGCUGCAACAUAGGCAAGAGGGUAUUCUUAAAAAUUUUAGACUCUUGUAAUUCUAUUUUUUUUCCUCAUCAAUAUUAAUGUACAAUUUCUGAUUUGGAAUAAAUGAUCUAAUAGGAAA